CGUAGUGCGCCAGGGCUGCGAGGCGCUGUGAGGGGAGAGGCGCCGUCAGCGCCGCCCGCGGGGGACCCGUUAGAGCGGAAGCGCAGCCGCCGCCUCUGCCGUCGCGGGGUUCUCGGCAGGUGAAGCGGGAACCAUGUCGAAGCGGCUCCGGAGCAGCGACGUGUGCGCCGACUGCAGCGGGCCUGAUCCUUCCUGGGCAUCAGUAAAUAGGGGAACUUUGAUAUGUGACGAGUGUUGCAGUGUCCAUCGGAGCCUGGGGCGCCAUAUCUCCCAAGUGAGGCACCUUAAACACACACCGUGGCCUCCAACCCUGCUUCAGAUGGUUGAGACCUUGUAUAACAACGGUGCUAAUUCUAUAUGGGAGCAUUCUUUGCUGGACCCUGCUUCUAUUAUGAGUGGGAGACGGAAAGCUAAUCCACAGGAUAAAGUCCACCCCAAUAAAGCAGAGUUCAUCAGAGCCAAGUAUCAGAUGCUAGCGUUCGUCCACCGACUGCCCUGCCGAGAGGACGACAGCGUGACUGCCAAAGACCUCAGCAAGCAACUCCAUUCAAGUGUGCGCACAGGGAAUCUUGAGACCUGUCUGAGACUGUUGUCCUUAGGAGCCCAAGCCAACUUCUUUCAUCCUGAAAAAGGAAGCACUCCACUCCACGUUGCCUCCAAAGCGGGACAGAUUUUACAGGCUGAACUGCUGGCGGUGUACGGAGCUGACCCAGGCACACAAGACUCCAGCGGGAAGACGCCAGUCGAUUAUGCAAGGCAAGGAGGGCACCAUGAGCUGGCAGAACGCCUCGUAGAAAUACAGUACGAGCUGACGGACAGACUGGCCUUCUACCUCUGCGGCCGGAAGCCAGAUCAUAAAAACGGACAGCACUUUAUAAUCCCACAGAUGGCAGACAGCAGCCUGGAUUUGUCUGAGUUGGCAAAAGCUGCAAAGAAGAAACUUCAGUCUCUAAGUAACCACUUGUUUGAAGAACUUGCCAUGGAUGUGUACGAUGAAGUUGACAGGCGAGAGACUGAUGCAGUCUGGCUCACCACGCAAAACCACAGCACCUUGGUAACCGAGACGACUGUCGUUCCCUUUCUUCCUGUCAACCCUGAGUACUCCUCCACGCGGAACCAGGGCAGACAGAAGUUAGCUCGGUUUAAUGCCCAUGAGUUUGCUACGCUGGUCAUCGACAUCCUCAGUGAUGCCAAGAGGAGACAGCAAGGCAGCCCUCUCUCCAGGUCAAAAGACAAUGUGGAACUCAUAUUGCGAACAGUCAGUAACCAGCACAGCACUGAGAGCCAAGACAACGACCAGCCCGACUAUGACAGCGUGGCCUCAGAUGAAGACACAGAUGUGGAGACCCGAUCGAGCAAGGCAAACCGGCAGAAGAGCCUAGAUUCAGAUUUGUCAGAUGGACCAGUCACUGUGCAGGAAUUUAUGGAGGUCAAAAGCGCCCUAGUGGCUUCUGAGGCCAAGAGACAGCAGCUAAUGAAGGUGAAUAACAACUUGAGUGACGAGCUGAGAAUUAUGCAGAAAAAGCUUCAAACUCUACAGAGUGAGAACUCAAGCCUCAGGAGACAGGCCACAACCAGUACCUGUCAGGUACAGACUGGCUCUGACUACAAAGACGCUGUGAGCCACUCGUCCCUCAAGCGCAGGCCGUCUGCCCGGGGCAGUAGACCCAUGUCGAUGUAUGAGACUGGGUCGGGCCAGAAGCCAUACCUCCCCAUGGGAGAAGCCAGCCACCCCGAAGAGAGCCGGUCGAGGCUGCAGCCCUUCCCCACUCACAUUGGGAGGAGUGCACUUGUGACCUCCUCUUCGUCUCUGCCUUCCUUCCCCUCCACACUGUCCUGGUCCAGGGACGAAAGCGCCCGAAGGGCCUCCAGGCUGGAGAAGCAGAACAGUACCCCAGAGAGUGAUUACGACAACACGGCCUAUGAGGCCGAGCCAGAUGACACAGUGUCAAACCGGAAGGGACGGCAACGGAGUAUGCUCUGGCAAGGUGAUGGCUCAUUGCCAGACACAGCAGAGCCCCACUUGGUCCCCAGCCCCGCCCUCCCCAGCACGGAAGACGUUAUCCGGAAGACUGAACAGAUCACCAAAAACAUCCAGGAGCUCCUAAGAGCAGCCCAGGAGAACAAGCACGACAGCUAUAUUCCCUGCUCAGAGAGGAUACACGUCGCUGUAACGGAGAUGGCAGCCCUGUUCCCCAAAAAGCCGAAGUCCGACACGGUGAGGACGUCCCUCCGCCUACUCACAUCCAGUGCCUACCGGCUCCAGUCGGAGUGCAGAAAGGCUCUCCCAGGAGACUCGAGCUUGCCCACGGAUGUGCAGCUGGUCACACAGCAGGUCAUCCAGUGUGCCUAUGACAUCGCCAAGGCCGCCAAACAGCUGGUCACAAUCACCACCAAAGAGAACACCAGCUGAGCUCGGGCGCUGUCCGCCUGUUGUCUGCAAAGUCCACUGCAGGCUAGACAUGAACUCCUCAGAUUUUUACAAAACGUUUAAUGAUGAUUUCAAACUUUUUAAAAGAAAACUCAGUAUUAUUUUUGCAUGUUUUCUAACAGAUUUUUGACUGUAAUUUAACCCCUGCCUUAUUUGUGCCUGUUUGCAGCUUAGUUCUAUUAUGUCGGAUCGUCACCAAGUGCUUAAGGUCAUGACCCAUGUGUUUAAAAGUAAUUGUUCAGAGUUUGUUACAACUUUCCCAUCCUUUAAAAUCUCUACCCAUGCCUAAGACUAUAACUGAUAUUUUUAGUAAAACAUUUUCUUAAGAGAUAAGACAGUUGGAUUUAAGAAAAAAACUCGGCAGCGUCUGCCCCCUCCAGACACCGUGCCAUCCGUGAGCAUCCUUCCAUCCUGUGGGGCCUCGGAGUCUGCAUCUCUCCAGACGUGCGUGCAGAGCAGGCCCCACUCCCAGACAGAGUGCAUCUCCUGGGAGCUGCAAGGAGCCGGUCCACUUCUAACUUUUGUAUCAUGUUACGUGUUGUCUUAUUUAAUAUUUCUAUCUUGAUUUCCUAUCUAUAAAGAUUUUACCAUCAUGCUGAAGUCUCCAUAAUGUCCAGAAAAGUAGCCAUGAAUCCUCCCUCACUCAGGUUCCCGUGGUCCUCAUUGAGAGCAGGAGCACCGCCAUGGUCUGUUGGGGACCUGCUUCCCCCCAGGCCACACAGUUCCCCCAGAACCUAAGGCAGAGAAUGGUGAGUUAGUCUCACAGGCCCUGCUGACAGAUGCCUUCCCAGGUAAGAUGCAGGGUCUCAGUUUCCCCACCCCUCACGGGGACUUCACGAUUAGAAAUCCUGUGGGUGGCACUGCGAGAGGGUUCCCGGUAUGCCCUACCCAGCGGCAGCCCUCCCAAAACUCCACAAGGUUGACACCCAUGCCACGGCGGCUCUGACGUUUGCCAUGCUGAAGGCACUUUGUCGUUCUGAAUGUUAGAGCCAGCUUACUGCGUCUCCUCUGUCUGGGUGGAGCUCAGGCCCUGGCCUGAGGAGCAGGCAGGAGCUAUGAUGCCAGCCAGGUGCCCGGCCUGCCCGUGCCCCACCUGUGCGGUCAGCAGCUUCUCCCACUCACAUCCCUCAUUCCAUUGUAGAAAAGUAGACUAUGGCUGCCAGCGCCUCGGCUUUUCACCGUACCAGGGAUUUGAGUUAUUUCAUGACAUUUUUCUAACUAGAAAUGUGGACAGGUGAUCCAGACAUGCCCACUGAACAGGCGGAAGUGAGCCGUGGCCUCCAGGCUGUGUUGUAACUUGCAGGUGAGUGAACCUGUGAGCCAGCCCUCUGGAAGGCAGCUGUCAGUCAGUCUCCCAGAGAACAACCAAAGUGAGGCUACCCCACUGAGCUGAGCCUGACUCAUAAAUCCCCAUUGCAGCAUGGCCAAAUUGUCCUGGAGAUAGCAUCACCUCAAAGCCAGACUCCCAGCUCAGACUGCCCGAACUGGGAAAGGGGCUGCUGGUCUGCACAUCCCCAGGGGGAGCAGGCCCCUGUUAGAGGUGGAGCACUGUCUUCCCGUUAAAACGCAAAGACCUGGCACAUAGAUCACUGUCCGUGGGAAAGCAAGGGACUUGGGGCCAGCACAGUGCUUCCAGAUGCUCUCAAGAACCCCAGAGUCCAGAGUCAGGCCCGUGCCUCCUCAGGGUGAGGGUCCUGAGUGGAGGCCUGAGGGAGCCUCCAGCAGGAGGGGCCCCACACGGUCACUCCCACAGUAGGCGAAUGCGUUUCGUCUCAGUGCUUAUUGUGGCCAGUUUUUGCAUGUGGGUCCCAUUGCCUCGCAGGAGUGAGUGAGCUCUGCAUCCAGCCCCACUGCUCUGACCCCUCUGCCUUCCCGCCUGUGUACCCCACUUUGUAAGAUGGAGAGGGUGAGGAUACGGUUGAUGGAGCGGGCCCUGCCCCGAGCGGCAUUCCCAGAAGGCACCGUGGCCUCAGCACCAUGGCUCUUACUCGCCAAAGACUAGGACCAGUGUUGCAUGCAUUCGGGACAGCUGCACAGAGCGGGGCUCCACCCUGACUACACUGCAGCUGCACAGAGCGGGGCUCCACCCUGACUACAGUGGCCUCCGUCGCAGAUUCUCCCCCUCCAUGGCUUCCGUGAGCUCACAGUCUAGUUCCUUCCUUCCUUGUCCUAGUUGGCUAUAACCUAUGCUCUUACAACGCAGCCUGCUGCAUAAAGAAGACACGCUGCAUACCCGGUGAUAACCCCUUGCUCUGGUGGCUUCUCAGUCUACAUCCUGAAGUUACUGUCCCGCCCUGUAAAAUCCUUCUGGAAUCUGUGCCCACCAGUUAUGCAAUAAAUGGUCUCUUUAA